GCAGCAGAGAACGUGAUGCAGGUGAGCCUCUGCAGGUGUGCGAGAGGGAUGAGGGCGUGGCUUGUAAACUACCUGCAGCAGGUAGUUUCGGGUUUCCGCAGAUCUGCUCCCGCCGCUCGGAGAUGAUUUCUUCUUGACUGAAGCCCAGAGCUUGGCGGGAAUCCUCUCCGGGAUUCUGGAGCUGCGGCUGGAUUUCUCCGGACCGAGCGGAAGUCCGUGGAAGUCACCUGAGUCCACCUGCAGGCCGCCUUGAUGUGAAGUCAGCAUGCCCGGAGAAGAAGAGCCCGCCCUCUCUGACCGCCAUGGAGAGGCUCCUCCCACCAUCCUAACCUCCGACCUCGGCUCUGAGGACAGCAGAAGCGUGGAGAUUCUCCUGGAUCCUUCCCAGCAGCCUCUUGGGUUUGGAGUAAAACAAACCGACAGGAACUACAGCCAGGAUGGAGAUCUUCAAGUGGGCGGACGGUUGGAAAGGAGGUGGAGCCUCUGGCAGGAGUUCAUGAACGAACAGGCCCAACUAGAUGCUUGGCUCAGCUCCACAGAGCAGACCAUCGCUCCUCUAAGCUCCGCCCACUUUACCUACAGCUCCGCCAAAGAGGAACUACAGAAGCUGGAGCGGCUCCGAAGUGAAGCUGGAUCUCGGCUCAUCAAGUUGGACGGUUUGACGCAGACAAACCGAACUUUGACCCGCCUGUUUCAGGGCGCCAUGCAGGCCCGGCUGCUGGCGAUGGCUCGGGAAUGUGGCCAACGAUGGGACGAAGUCAACGCCAAACUAGAGUCCAUUAUAGGAAAACUGCAGCUCUUCAUUGCUGAGUGGGAGGAGUUUGAAGAGCAGAGGGAGGGGCUUUCACUCUGGCUGGCAGAGAUGGAUGUCCGUCUGACAGAGAUAGAUCAGCUGACAGGAAGUACCUGCAGGAAGCUGAAGCGGCUGCAGUCCUUCCAGGAGUGUGUGUGCGAGAACUCGGCUCGCGUCAACGCCCUGCUGCACCGCGGCGAGGCCCUGAUCCAGCGCAGUGACCCCGCCGACGCUCACCUGGUGGAGAGCAGACUGCUGGAGCUGCUGCGCUUCUGCAGCCACGUCUACAACAACAUCGGCCGAACGCACACCCGGCUCCUCAGCAUGAGACUGGUAUUUGAGGACGACUGGAUCCUGCCUCAGGUCUCAGACUCUGGAUGUCCUUCCGAGUCUCUGCUGGAGGAGGACAGAGGUCCCAGGAGACAGAGCCUGAGCAGGCGGGGCUGGAGUGGGACCCCUCAGUCGACAUCGGGCGCUCGCUCUCCCACGACGACGCAGACUCCUCGUAUUUCAGCGCCGGCACAGGUCUUUGUCUCAGAGAGGAUCAGAAACGAUGGAGCUACUUCAGCUCUCUGGACGCCUUCUCUGACACCAGCAACCAGGACGCAGACGUGACCUCAGAGGAGUGUCCGGCCCCCCCCGGUUUCCUGCCGGCCCCCGCCGAGCAGGAAGAGGCUCUGCGCCGCCAGGACCCCUGGACAUCAACUCCCGACAGGAAAGAUCUCCAACCGAUCCGGUUUGGUGACGGGCGGGUGAAGGCGUGGCUACAAGUCCAAAGCUCCGCCCCUUCAGAGACGAGUUCCAAAGCCGUGCAGACCGACGGGGACCAGAAGGAUUCUCAGCUGCAUCAUCACCACCUCAGUGGCCUCCAGCAUCGUCAUGACAACACACAGCAACCACAUGACGACCUCCGCCCUUCAUCGUCACAUGACUCGGAGCUUCAUCAUCUGUCAGGAGAUCAGGAGGAAGACGAAGCGUCCUGUUGGGAGGAAGCUGAGCGUCUCCUUCCUGAACUGGGGUGUUCCUCCAUAGCUCCUGCUGUGAGCUCCCACAGCAGGUCCUCCUCCUCCUCCUCCUCCUCGCGCCUCCUGUGGCUCCUCCUGGCCACGGCGGUGGCUCUGCUGGGCAGCCUGGUUCUGAUCAGCAUGGAGCAGCCGUGCCACCGCAGCAACAGGAUGUCUCAGACCUUCCACUUCACGCUCAGAUACGUCAACGGACCCCCGCCAACCUGAACCGGAACCAGAACCGCAGGAUCCGGUUCACGAAGACAAACUCACACAGUUUUAGAGUCACAUGUUUGCAAAGCACCAGAGCAGCUCUUCUUCUAUGAUUUCAACUCACGUUUUUAUUUUGUAUUUAUACCCAUGAGUUCAUUUUAUGGUAAUUGUAGUGGGAUGUCUAUCUUAAAUAGGUCUAUGAGACGUGUCUAAAAGCAGCUACAAGAGUAAAACUUAAAUAAUUUAGCAAAAAAGGUUAAUUAUCUGGAAUAAGUCUUCAACCAGUUGAUUUAAUCAAGUUUCAGGCCGGUCCGUGCUCCAGAUUAAAAAGAAACCAAAGAAGUUUGACUUCCACAUCUGUGGAAUAAAAAAAAGAAAUGUUUUGUAUUAAAUUAAGUUGAAAGCUUUAUUUCUCUAAAGGUUUUUUCUCGGUCACUGGGAUGCUAAGCUAACAGCUAAUCAGAUGUUCUCCCUUUAAACCAACCUAAAGGUCAGAAAUUUCACUGAUUGUUGUUGUUUUUGCAUUUGUCAGCUGUUUACUUUGUUUCCUGAACCGUGUUGGAUCCGGUUCCACUGUCCUGACACCAGAACCGUCGGGUUGAAAUGAGUCCAAACCUUCCGAUUCUUUCAUACCAACACCUUUCCUCCUCCAUGGAGGCGUUUGGGGAAACGUUGUUUUCUGUCCGCCUGUGGCUUCCUGAUCCACUCGUGUUAUUUGGGAUGUUUUGUUUUCAAAUCCUCAUGAGGAACAUGAGAGGAAUUUAAAAUAGUUCUUUUUUUUUAGGAUAGGGAAGCUUCAUCUAAAGAGAAACUUCUAACAGGAAACGAAAGCUCCAGAUUUCCUGUUGGUGAAUUUGUGUUCUGGUCGAGGGACAGAUGUGUGGUUUGUAAAACCGACGGAACCUUCUAGUAUAACAUGAAGCAGGAUUUGGUUCUGACUUUGUAAGUUUAUUAUUUUGAUUGUUGCUGAAGCCCCUCAGUGUCGUAAAGCUGUAGGAAGUGACUCGAGUCUUCCCUCCUCCAGGAUCAAACAUCUUUGAAGGAUUCCUCAGGAUGUCGGACAGGUUUUUUUUGAGAGAAUUAAAUGCUUAAAGCAUCGCAAACGCCAUCAAAAACAGUUGCCUUUUUUGUACAUUGAUUUCCUUUUUGUAAAAACUACAUUUGAAUACUUUUUUUGCACGUUAAUGGAAAAAAUAAAGUGAACAAGAAAAGUUGCAUUACCUGCAA